UAAUAAUAUCACUAAUGUAAAUGAAGAAAGACCAAUGCAUGUGUCUUACGUUUGAAAAAAAAACGUCGAGCCCGAGCCCGAGCGGAAGCGGUUGCACUACUUUGCGCGGUGCAACCUCUUCCGGUCCUCUUUCCAGCUUCCCGUGCAUCAUGACCAAGAAGAGAAGGAAUAACGGUCGUGCCAAGAAAGGCCGCGGGCACGUGCAGCCCAUCCGCUGCACCAACUGCGCCCGCUGCGUCCCCAAGGACAAAGCCAUCAAGAAGUUUGUCAUCAGGAACAUCGUGGAGGCUGCAGCCGUGAGAGACAUCUCCGAGGCCAGCGUCUUUGACUCGUACGUCCUGCCCAAGCUCUACGUGAAGCUGCACUACUGUGUCAGCUGCGCCAUCCACAGCAAAGUGGUGAGGAACCGCUCCUGCGAGGCCAGGAAGGAUCGCACCCCCCCGCCCAGGUUCAGGCCCAACGCCGGCGCUCCGAGAGCUCCUCCAAAGCCCAUGUAGAUCCCACAUCUACACUUGAGGAAUAAAAGCUUCACAAAAUCUUGA